CCAAAACAAACCUCAACGACUCGGCAGAGUGUCGGCUUGAAGGCAAAAGGCGGUAGUUUAAGGUAAUUCUGAGAAAAAAUAAAAAACUUUUGAUGUUAUUUCACUUUGCGAAAGGGUGCCUUGAUGAACAGCACAACCCAUGUGAGGCUGUUCCUUUGUGAGUUAGAGACGGAGGAAGAUAAAUUUUAUUUAGGCGAAGAAGAAAUUGUGAGAGUCGAUAUCAUUGGUACUGUGGUGUACAUCAGCCAAAGGGAGCGAGUCAUUACAUUCCAAAUUGAUGAUGGAACAGGCAUAAUUCACUGUGCAAAAUUCAUCAGCCCUGAGUCUGAAGGUGACUGUGAUCAUCAGGAUUCCCAAAGAGAAAAGGGACCUAAUUAUAGCCUCAAGAACCUGCUUCUGAGUUUAGCUGCCCCAGAGAAUCCCUUAAAACUAGGGGAUCUCGUUAAUGUCCGUGGCCGCUUGAAUAUCUUCAGAGACCAGCCUCAGAUUAUUGUGAACAGUUUACGUCAUGUUCACGAUGUUAAUGAAGAGUGGUUUCGGAUAUUGGAAAUAAAUGCACUAAGGAAGAACAAGGCAGCUUCCAUUAAUAGUGCUAAAGAAUCUGAUAUUCAAAGUUCUGACAGACUGCAUUGUUUCUUUCAGUCAGAAUAAAUACUUACACAUCCAGUUUGUAAAAAUCACAAGGUAAUUUGAUUACUGGCAAACAUAAAAAAUGGAAUCUAUGGAUAUCACAAAUAAAGAGAGCAUACUGGGCAUCCGGCAACGUGCCAGGGAUGUUGACCAUGCUUCACGCACAAAGAGGCGUAGCCUGGCUCGGGAUGCUCGGCGAGUGGAUUUAGAUGACAUUGUCAAAA